GCGCACUGCGGUCACUGCCUCAGCGCCUUCCAGACUCACAGAACCCAGUUUCACGGUAACAGUACUGAGGCGUCAGUGGACUCUCCGUGCGUGCCGACUUAGUGGGCCAUCGACGUGCGGUCUCCGCCAAACUGUGCUAUACUUCUGGCAUGAGCCGAUGAUAACGUGACGGACGCGCGAGUGCGAGUGUGUGCGUGUGUGUGAGGACAGCUCAAGCUAGCAGACGCCAUGGUGCACUCCAGAAGCACUUCCGCUGAGAAGAUCAAGACUCCGGAGGAGACCCCGUUACGAAGUCUCGCCGAGGGCUCCACGGCAGGCGACGAUGAAGGGGUCUGCCUCAAAGCCAAGAUGACCCUCACCAACGGCAUCACCGUCAUCGUCGGCAGCAUCAUCGGCUCCGGGAUAUUCGUCUCGCCCACCGGCGUCCUCAAGUACACAGGGUCUGUCAAUGUCGCCCUCAUCGUGUGGACCGUAUCUGGUCUCUUCUCCAUGGUGGGAGCCUACUGCUAUGCCGAGCUCGGCUGCAUGAUCUCAAAGUCCGGAGCCGACUAUGCCUACAUCAUGGAGACUUUCGGACCCUUCCUGGCCUUCAUCCGGUUGUGGAUCGAGUGCAUGAUCGUGCGGCCCUGCUCCCUUGCGAUCGUAGCCCUCACCUUCAGCCUGUACAUCCUCAAACCAUUCUUCCCGGAGUGUCAGCCCCCGGACGAAAGUAUCCGGCUUCUCGCCGUCUGCUGUAUCCUGAUCCUAACCUUCAUCAACUGUUGGGACGUGAAGUGGGCCACCAUAGUACAGGACACAUUCACCUAUGCUAAGCUAUUCGCUCUCUUCGCCAUCAUCAUAGCUGGAGGAUACAUGUUGUUCACAGGACACACGGAGCACUUCACUUUUGAAGAUACAAAGACAGAGGUAACAUCAAUAGCACUGUCGUUCUACUCUGGGCUCUUUGCUUAUAACGGAUGGAAUUACUUGAAUUUCAUCAUUGAAGAGUUGCAAGAUCCAAUAAAAAACCUUCCCAGAGCCAUAGCUAUCUCCUGUACUCUGGUCACUUUCGUCUAUGUCGCCACAAAUGUCGCCUUCUACACGACUUUGUCACCAGUGGAGGUGUUGGGAUCUGAGGCUGUGGCUGUUGCAUUUGCAAAUCGGCUGUUCGGAUUUAUGGCGUGGACCAUUCCAGUAUUUGUUGCUAUGUCUACCUUCGGAGCUGUCAAUGGUGUGCUUCUGACUUCCUCCAGGUUGUUCUACGCAGGAGCAUGUGAAGGCCAGAUGCCUGAGAUUUUGACAAUGAUCCAAAUAUCCCGUCUCACUCCCACUCCAGCCGUCUUAGUCAUGGCUUUGCUGUCUCUGAUGUACCUCACAGUGAAAGACAUUUAUGCACUUAUCAACUACGUCGGUUUUGCUACUUGGUUAAGUAUCGGAGUGUCCGUACUAUGUCUGCCAGUUCUGCGUUGGACCCAGCCCGAUCUAGCUCGUCCCAUUAGAGUCAGCUUGUUCUGGCCAUUUCUGUACAUCAUCUGCAGCCUCUUCGUGACUAUUGUGCCUAUGAUCGCAAGUCCUGUGGAGACAGGUAUUGGUUGCUUAAUGAUCUUCUCGAGUGUUCCCGUUUAUUUAGUAUUCAUCGCCUGGAAAAGGAAACCUCUGUUCUUCCAGAAGUUUGUUGCCUGGGCGACACGAUCAUUACAAAAACUUUGUGUGGUAGUAAGGCCACAAAAGAAACAGCAGCACUGACGAGACUGCUACAGAAAUCAAUGAUGGUUGUGGGGAAGCAAGCACCAACCAAAGUGUGAGGUGUCUUCCAUUCUUCUCUCUACAAGAGUUAGGUUAUGUUGUUUUCAUAUCAUUACAAUGCAGUGAUGUUUUGUAAAUUCUUUUCUUGUUUUUUGACUGUAAGUCGAAAGACCUUUCUUUGUUAAGUUGUGAUGUGUAAAGCAGUUCCUGUGAAGUGUAUUUUUUGUUGCUUGAAGUGUCUUAAUCAUAUUAGAUAUUUUGAGGUGACAAUAAUUAGGCCUCUAGACACUACUGUAUUUGUGUAGUAAGAUGAUAUUUUUGUGAGGUUUUCAAUGGCUUUUUCAUUCAUGGGACAUUCCAAAAAAUAAUUGUAAGGCUAUGCUGGAUGAGUAAACCAUUGGACUCAUGCUUGUUGUAACAUUGUUAUUGUUGUUACGAUAUGCUGUAUAUAGAUUAUGUGUUCUAUAAGCAAUGGUGGUUUAUUACAAUUUUUGUAUUUUUAUGAUCUCUAAAUUUUUUUUGGAUUUAACGUUAUAUUUUGGUUUUAGAAAUGCAAUUAAAACUUGUUGUUUAAGUAUUUUUGCUGCUUGAUUGUAUUUAUGUUUUUUAAACUACAAUCAUAAGAUUGGAUUUGUUCAUAACAAUUAUAGCAGAAUAAUCUUUUACUUGGUGAAAUAAUUAAGAAAUACUUUUUAAAAGUGACAAUAAUACUCAUUAGGAUAAAGAAAAUAUCAUUGACAUGUUCCAUGUAAACAAUCAGUAGACCUACAUUUAUAUGUAUAGAAGUCUAACGAACCUUCAGAUACUUUUCGUAUAAAAUAUAGACCUACUAUAUUUUUCACUCAUGACUAGACUGAAAAAAAUUUACUCAUAUUGUAUAAGUAAGAUUUAUAAUAUUUAAUUAAAGAGUCAAGAAGUUCUUUUUUAUUAAGUCAAAAAUAAUUUGUGUAUUAUAUGUUUAUAUUAUUUUAUUAACCGAAUGUACAAUGGCAAAUUAAUCUAAAAAGUCAUAUCAUUUAUUUGGAUUUUUCAUUUUAAAUAUUUCUCAAACUUCUGAUGAAUAAUAUUUUAUUUUAAUUUUAGUAAGAAAUGAUAUUUUUUUAUUGAGUUAGAGUUAUUCAAAAUUAUCAAAAACAUUUUGUGCAGAAAUCAAAGUAAAUGGGAUAUCUCUAUUCUACUCUUGGAAAGUCCUCUAUGAUCUAUAUAAUUAGUUAUUUUCUAGAAACUCAAUUUUCUAAAGUGCUUAAUUAAACAAGGAAAACAGACUUUUGUAUUUAAUUAAGCCAAAACAGUUCAUAGUGAGGACAAGCAUUCCAUAAUUUUAGUUUAGUUUUACGUCAAAUUCAUUCACAAUGUAUUUUGUUAGUUUGAAUACACAAUUAUUUUUACAGUUUGAAUACACAAUUAUUUUUACAGUAUGAUAGUUUGCUAUAGUUUUUUAAUAGGAAAAAUUAUUAGAUGAUACCUCUUUAAUACAAAUUAAUACUGCAUUUGUUGCUGAAAAUAAACUUUUCAUUUGCUAUACAGCAAGAACAUAGCCAGGAAAACUUUUGGGGGAGGGCCCAGACAACUGGUAUUUUCCCUCAGUGGACAGAGAGUAAGGCCCCACUUCGUUCUAUAAAAAGUUCUUGACCCAUUUUUUUGUUGAGAACGAUCUUUCAGCAGUACAUAUCAGUAAUAUUGAAUUAUAUAAAUAAUAAUAAUAAUCGUUUACUAAAAAAUAAUUGAACGAAAAUGAAAAUUUAGUGGGGAUCCAGAUCCCUUUGACCCCGUUUCUGGCUACGUCCUUGCUAUCCAGCCAUUUUUAAUUUUCAUUUCUUUAAAAUAAGUUGAAAGCUUCUCAAUAUUGAUUUUAUAAAAAUAAUUUAUUUAUACCUCCCUUACUUCGCAUUAAGAAAUGUCUACAACACAUUACAGAAAUAAUAAAACAUCCGUAUGCUACUAAGACUAUUCUGAAUAAUUUUAGUUUGAUGGACUACUUCUAUGAUUUUGAAAACUAAUCUGUCCGUCACUUCAUAAACUUAUUUUGCUCAUUUUCACCUGCAUUUAGUAAAUCAAAGUUUGUUAAUAAGUGUUUUUAUUUUUAUCAAAUUAGUACAGAUUUCUAUAACAGGCUUUUUUAAUAGUGUAAUUAGAAAUUAUAGCAUUUUAUAUCCAUUUGGUUGUGUGUUGCAUUUUUAAUAGUUGGUCUAUUUAGUUAAGUCUAAUCUAUAGAGUGUAUUAGUAUGUCAACGCAUGUUAGACAGGUAUAAAAAAUAAGGGAAGGAAUUGGUUGAGAGAACUGCCAAUUUCUAGUAAAUUGUAUAUAAUGAAAACUCUAUUUUUAUGAAAAAUGAAGGUAGAAAAAUUUGAAACACAAUUAGAGAUUCCAUGUAGACUACAUCAAAUAGCAGAGUACUUUUAUAUUUGUAAACUGAUAAAUAUAACGUAUUCUUGAAUGUAAUAAUCAAACAGAUUUUGGCAGUUGCCUUAAAUAAUGCCUAUGGGUUUAUAAAAAUAAAAUUCCCUGUGGCUCGUUUCAAUAACGUUACGCUGUGAUAUUCACCAUAUAUGGCAUAACUUAUUAUCUAAAUAGUAAAUAACAAUAUGUUUUUGUAACUGUUGCUAAUUUACUUGAACUAUUACUUUUUGUGUGUAAAUUCAUAAAUAAAUUUAAGAUAUAGUUAAACAAAUUAUUUAUAGGUAUAAUUUUUAAAUGUUAAUUUGAUAUUUUAGAAAUUUUUAUAUUAAUUACCUAUAAUUACUUUGUAACCAUUAAUAAUUGUAAACACCAUUACAUUUUUGGUAAUGAGGUUUAAUGAAUUGUUAUUUUGAGUUUAUUCUAUUAUUUCUUAAAUAGCCACAUAGAUUUAUUAUAUGUUCAGAUAUAUGAAUAUAAUGUACUGAUAGUAUCUGAUGUAUAAUUACUAUUGAAAGACCACCAGGUACUAAGCUAGUUUGAAUCUGUGGUUGCUACGUAGCAAAACAACGUUUAUAAUUGUAAAUAGCUCUCAGGCCUAUAAUAGGUGUUGAUUAUUUUAAAUUAAGGACAUUAAAGCAAUUUAGUGUUUUGUUUUUUCAUAGGCUAGAGUUAAAACUUUUAGGUUUACGGUAUUUUGAUUUAUUGAAUACUUAUAUUUUUGUAACAUAUCAGGUGAUUUAUUUCCAUGUAGAGUAGUUCUAAGGAAUAUUAAGUUAAUUUAAAAUGGCUUUAGAUACUCUUCUAGAACCAACUACCUAAGAAUCUCAACCUUUUAGUUAAUACAAUUUCUCUUGAUUUGGUUUUCACUUGCGCACACUGCCUAUGUUUUCAAUCAGUUAUCUGUAAAUUAUUUUUUUUGUUAUUUGAUUUGUUUGAAAUUCCUUAUUACAUAUAUUUUUAUUUAUUUAUUAUGCUUACUGUAUUUGUACUUUACUAUUGCAGACUACCUACUGCAACCAAAUUUUAAAUUGAUGUAUGAAAAAUGCAAAUGAAAUAACUUUAUGUUGAAACUGCAUGUAAAUAAAAACAUGGCUUAGAAUUAGAA